GACCGGGGUAAUAAUAUAUAUCUGUAAAACGCUUAUAGAGACAUCGUCGGUGUAUUAAGCGCUAUAUAAAACCGGAAUAUUAUUGUUAUUAUUAUUAUUUAUCUUCGAUUUGUAACAAAAUUUGAGAUAGAUGUUACAUUGAACAUACAUUUAAUCUAUUUCUAUGUUAAGAUAUUAUGAGUUUUCCAAGACAAAAUCAGUUAGAAAGAUGGAUUUCGUCACGGGACAAUUGAUUUUGUAACACAUCACAAGGCGCCCGAAAGCCAGAUGAUUUUUUGCUACCCGCUUAAAAUUGAAAUAACGGUUGAUUAGUCCAUUAAUAAGUCGGGUUUCCAUUUCGUUCAUAUUUUAUAGGUUUUUUUAAACUGUAGUUUUAUCAAUGUCCCAGUACUGAUACCAUUCUGUAUUAUGUCUUUCAAAAUGUGAAGAAAACUCUUAAGGCAUUAUUGUAUCCUCUGUCAAAGUACAUUACCUGAUGAUCAGCUGAUUAUGAUCUUCGUCACAUUUUCCCCUCUCUCUUUCAGGUGUUGGAUUGCAUCACACAGGAUACUAUGCUACUAGUAUGAUGAGGGAUGUUGGAGCUCGUCUUAAACACAAUACUAAGAACCUUCAUCCCAUAAAUAAAGCCCAUCUAAUAGAAGGCACUUUCUUGAAGAAGAAUUAUUGUCAUUUGUACGGCAAGGCUCAGAAUCUAAAGAGGCAACUCGAAAAAGAAUUUAAUGAUGUCUUGGUAGAUUGUGACGUGGUUGUCAUGCCAACGGUUCCCUUCACAGCCCCGCCCAUGUUGGAACGUAAUGCCUCGAUCAAAGAAACGAUCGCAUUUGCUCUAAACAUGGACACGAAUCUCACAUCCGGGAAUUUGACGGGGCAUCCUUCGAUCACUAUCAAUGCCAGGAGUCUCGGCGGAUUACCGGUCGGGCUUUUGUUGACUUCUAAGAAAUUCAACGAACUCCGACUCUUGCAAAUAGCUCAGGCCUUUGAGAAUUUCAUCAAUGACAGUACACAAUAAUGCAACAUAAUCGAAUCAUGUGAUUAAAGUGCUACAAAAUAUUG